UCUCCUGAACAGACCUUUUAAGGGGCGCGGCCUCAAUACCGAUACCUGAAUGAAAGACUUGAUGAUUGGCUGAGACCUGACCCAUACCUUUCCCUAUAACAGGUGACCCCAGAUUCGAUAGACAGUAUAAUAUUACACUACUUUCUUCAACGUAGGGGAAAGCGAUAUUGCUACUACAACUUCGGUGUUUUCCAGCCGUCGGCAGUUAGUUUAUACUAGCUAGCUACACCAAGAAGCUUUCAACCUUCUUGAAGGUUGGCUACAGCAUCCUUAUUUUUGGGGCUUCAUUGACAAGUUUGGACAUUUUUUUCUUGCAAAGAAGAGGGCCUGUGGAAGCGAUGGCGGAUUGGAAGCUACCGGUGAGCUACAACCCACCCUACCAUGCCUUCGCCUAUGGUCUCAUGUACCAAACAGGGGCUGAGCAAAAUCCUCCCAACUUUUCCGGCUGGGCAGAGACCGUUUACAACUCUGGGGUAAGCGGCGGCUACCACCAGCAAGCGCAGCAGCAAGCUCAGCAUCAAUCCACACCCAGGGAUCCCGAACACAACAUUGGUAGUGGCAAUUCCCACUACCCAGGUUCUGUCAUGUAUCUCGGCGACCCUCACAGCCAUACUCCGGGUGGACGCCUUUUCAUUUCCCACAACCGGACUCUGUUUGAUCAACCGCCGAAGGAGACCGACGGGCCAAGUAACUACACUCCAAGCGAUCCAGUGUUGCACAGAUCACCAGAUUCUUGGAGUUCAGAGAACAGCUAUCCUCAAACCUACCCUGCCACCUGGGUGAAAAAGGAGUUGGAAGAGGAGACGGAAAGUGGAAGCCCAAAUAAUAUUGAGCAUGUCUCCAGCUCCUAUCCAGAGAACACAAGCGUGCAAAUUCUGGGGAGUGAGGACAACUCCCCGCAGUCUUUGCCCUUGCCUCUCCCAGAGAAAGUGGACAAAGACACCCCCAAACAAAAAGCUCGGACUGCUUUUUCAACAGGCCAAAUGGAUGCCCUGACCCAUCGGUUUAACAUGCAGAGGUAUCUCUCCCCUGCUGAGAUGAAGGCCCUGGCUGGACUGACGGGGCUAACUUACAAACAGGUUAAAACAUGGUUCCAGAAUCGCAGAAUGAAACUGAAAAGGCACCAGAAAGACAACAGCUGGGAAUCUGCUGGGUACCCAAACCCUGGCUACCCUAUCAUGCCACCACACCCUCAGUUUCAGGGAGAUGCCCAAACACAGAUUCAGGACCAUCACACCAACACUCAGCAGUUCCAAGAGGCCAUGUUCAAGAAGAGCCCCCAGCAGAACCUGCCUUACUACGCAGGUGGAUACCCUCAGCCAUCCUCCUCUCCCCCACAUCCCUCUGCAAGGCCCCUGGGCAACUGGCCCCCAGCCAUGACCCACUAAGUGCCCCCCAAUGGCUUCUACAGCUCAGCAACAGGCUACAACAUGGACAGUGUACAACACGACUCCAGCAUCAGGUGACGACGGGAGCCCCACCAACAGCUCCAUACGCAUGACCCUGUUUCACAAUGCUAGCCAGUAAUCCACAGGUGAAUGUCUCAGUUGUAAAUCAACUGUUUUCUUUGUAAAUGUAUGAAAUGGUUGUUUGGAAGGAUUCUUAUAAUUAAUGUUGAGAGUCAGACACAGGUCAUUCUCAAAUGAUGCGGUGUUGGCUAAUUAUAUCAAUCCAUCUUAAUAAUGUACAGGUUCUGUUUGGACUUUUAUCCCUUAUUCAUGUUUUAUCACAAUGUUGCCUUAUUUUUUUUGUUGUAAAUGUAUGAAAUGGUUGUUUGGAAGGAUUCUUAUAAUUAAUGUUGAGAGUCAGACACAGGUCAUUCUCAAAUGAUGCGGUGUUGGCUAAUUAUAUCAAUCCAUCUUAAUAAUAAUGAUGUGCAGGUUUGUUGCCUUAUUUUUUUUUUUAUACCUUACCUGCGUUUUUAAUAUCGUUAAAGAGGUCAUUGCUCCUUGUGCUUUUUGACACUCAACUCUGACAAAGUUUUGCACUGUCUAUGUUGGAAGUGGCGGCC